AUGAUAAAAACGGCGAGGAGUUUAUUUUCUAGCUGUUGUUCUGGAUUUGAUGAAAGACAACGGAGUAUGGAAGACAUCACCGAGCGAACAACUGAUUUUUCCUCCUUCAAACUGCAUCGCCCCUUUCCGCGAAAAACCCUGCCCCCGGAAAACCUGGUCAGCUGCAGUUCAAAUCUAUACCUCCCCGAUCCGCCGCGCGAUUACCUCGACCUUCCGCUAAGGUCACCUUACUGUCUGCUCUCUUCGGAUUCUUCCACGACAGAAUACUCAGAAAAUGGGACAACUUCAGGUUCAGAGAAGCAAUUGGACUGGAUCUACCCGACUUACAGGCUGCUCAAGAGCUCGGUGGAAUAUACUGUUUUAUAUCUUGGAAAAGAAGACUGCUACGGCCAAUCAAAUCAGCAAGCAGUAACGGACUGUAACACGAAUCUGAUGCGCGAAAUGUCUCGCCCGGAAAAGAUCCGUCUCAGGAUAAAUGCGACGUCGAUUUGUCUGGUCUCCGACGAAACAGAUAAAGUGACGAAAAAGUUCAAAGUCCAAAAUGUUGCGUUUGCAGCUCAGGAUACCAAUUUGGAGUUUGUUUUCAGCUUCAUUGUCCAAGAAAAACGCCGGUACAUGUGCCACAGUUUCAAGGGUUCAACCAAUCUUCAUACAGAACGAGUUCUGAUGGCUCUUGGACAAGCUUUUGAAGUUGCCUUUCAGUUGAAAAAGUCCAAGACCCGUUUUUCAACCUCUGAUUCGGGAAUGAACGAUGAUGGUUCUCUGCCGCGAAAUUCCGACUCGGAAUCAGAGUGUUCUUUUUCAGCGUAUCCGAGACGCGCGACUUUGCCUCAGCAGGAUUUUUAUCCAUAA